UCCGAGAACAGCGAGAAGUCGAGAAUCAGUUCUAUGGCGAUGUUCGUCCAAGAUGUGUCGACUCUCUGAGGCACCACGGGCAAGAGCCUCUCCUAGUCUUAGAAUACGACUCACCCUCAUGUGGGACUUGGCCAAUAUUGGCAAUUGACUGAAAUUCGAACAAGUUCCCCGCGAAGGAACGAACCUCCAAAGCGGAAGCCAAGCCUCCUUGGGACAGUGAUACAUGAACUUGUGCAGUGAUGUCCGGUGCACUUCUCAGCCAGGUCAUGGUGUCCAAUGGCGGGCACCAUCCCGGCUUCUCAUUUCUGACCGUCGAAGCCAACAUGUCCGAAUCGGAUGUGUUCCGGUCAAUGAAAGUAGGGAACAAUUCCAAGACCCCGUACUCGGAUGCCACUCAGACCAAAAAACACAAACUGAACCACAUCAAACGGCCCAUGAAUGCCUUCAUGGUUUGGUCACAGCUCGAGAGGAGAAAGAUCAUCGGAGUCACUCCAGAUAAGCACAAUGCUGAAAUUUCCAAAGAGCUCGGUCGACGGUGGAAGCUCCUACCUCAGGAGUCUCGUCUGCCUUAUAUAGAGGAGGCUGAGAGGCUGCGGAUCCUCCACCAAAAGGAGUAUCCGGACUACAAGUACAAGCCGAAGAAGAAGCCCAAACCAGGUCCUCAGACAGUGAACGGGGCCGAGUGUCCCUCCUCCCAUGGAUCAACUUUUCUAGCAUCACGGUCAGUCAGUGAUAAAUCCAAAGCAAUAGUGAAGUCAAAAUUGAGCGAAGCCAACAAUGCCAUGAAGAUCCAUGGGCACAACACCCGAAUGAAGAACUCGACUUUCUCGGCCCAGACCGCCAGUGAAUUGAAACGGCUCAAGCUCAAGAUUGCCGAAGCCGACGAGGGUCACCCGUUGAUUGGCGGAUUCCGUCGAGUCGUCCGCCCAGAGACAACAAAAGAGAAUAUGAGACUAGAUGGUUUUCGUGCCCGAGCGACUCCAAGUACGCCGGUCGGAACCAACAACAUAUCAAUUCCAGUCACAGUCCUGGAAUUCGCAGAUCAAAACACAACCCGGGCAGUGCCUCUCCCUCAGAUCCCCCUCUCUCCUACUCACCCCUCCUCCCAGAGAAAAUUGUCCGAGUUCCUGGUUAGUUCUCAAAGAAUUCCCAUCCCGAUUGCCCCCAAGCCAAUGUCGGUGGUCUCACCUGUGCUACCUCCUUCGCCAAGUUCCUCCCUGGACGACAUUGACCUCGACUCCAACGAACCAACCUCCACUGUGAGUGCUCCCAUGUCAAGUAUCCUCCCGGAUACCCUGGUUACCUCCACGAUUUGCUCGACGUCCUCCUCAUUGUCCUCCUUCUCGCCAUCGUCCCUGUCCUCCUCGUCGUCCCCUUCGUCCCCGGGUUUACUUGUGAUUGCCCCUGCUACUGUUGCUGCUCCUGCUGCUGCUCCUCCCUCGUCUUCUUCUCCUUCUUCUUCUUCUUCUUCUGCUAGAUCCCUUGCUGCUGCUGCUGUUGCUGUUGCUCCCCUUGCUGUGAAUGGCCCUCAAAUUGGCCCCAUUGCCCCAUCCGCUGACAACAUGGUCGCCGUGGGGUCGCCCUCGGCCCCUGACUCAGACAUGACAGCUGUGGAUGACAUGGGCUCCGGACCAAUGUCCCCUGUGAGCAGCUCAACUGAUUACUUCUCUCCUCCUGGCGGGGUCGUCGAGAACGAUGUUGACCUUUUGACCACUUCCAGUGAAACGAGCACCUCCGCCAUUGUGACGACCACGACAAACCCUUCAUGUGUCAUCGAUACUAAAGAGACCCCCGUUAAGACUGAGAGGUCUGACAACGACGAUGCCAUGGACUACGACGACAUGGAUGAGAAACCCGGCGACAAGAUAGGCGGCGGUGCCGGACUGAUACUGGACCCUUCCUCAACGAACAUGGGGUUUGGCGGCAAUAGUCUCUGCGCAGAUCUCGAGAGUCUCAAUGACUUGCUUCAGAUUCCAGGAGAGCUCAAGAUGGAACUUGAGAGCUUUAACUCGAGCUUGGAUACGUGGAGGAGUGGAAGCUGUGGCAGUCCGGGAGGAUCGCACUUUGAGUUCUCAUGCACGGAUUUCCUGAAUCCGGGUCAGACGGCAAGGCUUACCAAGACUGAGAGUGGCAAUGACUUCAUGAUCAAAAUGUGAAUGAUAGCAAAGCAAAAAGACAACCAACCAACAACCAACCAACCUAUUACACAACCAACCAACCACCCGCCCCUUCUCGCACUCUAAUUUUCUCCUACCUUUCAUCACCCUUUCUUUCUUUCUUUCUUUCUCUCUCAAUCUCUUUGUCGCACGUUGCUCUCCCUCUGCCUAUCCCCCCCCCUUCCCCCGAUUAUCAUCAUCAUCAUCAUCAUUAUCAUCGCCCUCUAUCUCAAUUUCUGUCUCCAUGCCUCCAAUUUCUGGCCCCAUCUUUUGUUAUGUCCCCUUAUCAAACGAUGACUCACAGAAGAGACUACAGCACAAGUCAAGUGCUUUAAAAUUGAUAAGAAUCGUUCGUGUUCUCUAAAUUUUUCACCUCUUCAACGCAAGUCUCUGAGUAAGCUGCGAGGAACGUGGAGCAUUCAUUCCAAUCACUCGAGUACCCCUCAGUGUUGGGAAUUGAAUCUCAAUGAAAAGUCAGCGAUCCCAAAAUUGAAUACACCUUUCCACCCUGGAACUGCUACUACCUCUUUUCGGUCGUUCAGUUGCAAUUCGUUCAUCCCUCCUCCUUCCUCCUUGUACUCAUCCUCCUUCGUUCUACUAGACAAACACUCGUCGACCCCUUACGAUCUUCUUACUCCUUCACUUUUUUUGGUUUUCCCUCACCCCCUCUCUGAACUUUGAAAACCUUACUCUAAAUCGUACAUGUCAUCAUGGUAUUCAACACAUUGAUUUAGAUUUUCAUCAAAUGGAACUUGUUGAUGUAACCUGAUCACUUUCAGCAGAACUGAUCACUGAGAAAGCUUGAUUGAUCUCAUAUUUCGAACAUGUGUAGUAAGUACAGUUCCACCCAUACCCCCCACCCGUCCUCCUUCCUCUUUCUUCUCUUUCCCUCAAAUGCCUCCUCGUCCGUUCCCAAUCUUCAACUUGCAAGCAAAAGUCAGUGAAGAAGAAACGCGUACACGCACACAAGAUUCACAAAAGUAAUGAAGAGUCCUCCUUUGCCAUGACUCCUUCUCUUUCUGCAAUCCUCUACUUUCCAGUGCCCUGUUAAAAAAACUAUCACUACAAUACAUUUACCGUGCUUAAAAGCGCCUUUUUCCUUCUGCUUGAAGACCACCUGUAUCAAAAUGAACUACCCCGGUCACCUCGGUGAACUUCUGGAUCCCCCUCGAUUUCUGAAUGAUAACCUGAGGCCAAGGCCAUACGUACGUACACACAUACACACCCCACCCAAUCAUACUUAGAACUAUUCAAUAUUGAUAUGAUCAAUAACCAGCAUUCUGGGGAAACAUGCAACCCACCCCAAAGAUCAACCUUUACUACUACGGUACUACUACUACGACUACGACGACGACGACGACGUCGACGACGACAACAACAACAACAACAGCAACUAGGAUUCACUAUUCACGGCGGAGGCAGGAGCAACAGCCCGAUCCUUUAGAAAUAUGCACAUCUCAUGGUGAUAAUGAAGUAUGGCCUCCCAAAAGUGAACUUAUUCCAACGACGUUAUCAUUACUACUACUGCUACUACUCCUUCUCCUGCCAUUUUGUCCGUUCCCAAACGUGGGCAAGGCAGACAAGGCAAUGAAAUUUCUUCAUUUCUCAAGUCCCAUCGCGAAAAGAGCGGGCUUGCUUGCUUGCUUGCUUUUCGGCGUUCAUUUGUUCGUUCGUUCUUUCGUUCAUUUGCCUUUUGCUUCAUCGUCGUCGUCGUCUUCUUUGUCUUCUCAAAACAUGUCAAUGACAUGAAAUGCCUCAAAGCCAGAUGAGAAUGCGUAUCAAGUUUCCCCAAGGAGAAAAUUGUCCCCCAGCAUAACUAUAUUCUUUACCCUAGAAGAACCUCUCUCUAGCCAAGCAGGAAGAAGUUCAUGAUGAAGAUGACGGCAAAGCAAAAGAAGAAAGAGCAGAAGAACAACAAGACGAAGACGAAUCAGAAGAAGUAGCAAAAGUCCAAAAUCUGUCAUGUUCAAAUGAUUCGAUGGAUAGUGCAUGAAUGAUGUUUUUUUCUCCCUUUGCCUUCAUUUAUUCAACUCCCCUCUCCCCCUCCCCCUCCCCCUCGAUCAAUCUUGAAUCUUUUUCUAAAAAAAAACACCAUUUGAUUGUGUUGGGUCUCUUUUGCUUUGUCCAUGUCUUUAUCAUCAUUAUCAUCGCUUGUGUGGUGCCUCCCUAAGUUAGGAAGGAACUACAUUUUCCGCUCAUUCUUGUUCUCGUACAUCUAUCUCUCUUUCUCUCCUUCUCUUUUCUGUCUGUGAAACGGAACAAUUGUCACUUGAAGAAGAUGGGCGAUCUCGUAAAACUCCAAGGAAAAAAAAAACAAUUGAGACAGCCAAUUUGGAGCUUGAGUUUCGUCUUUCUUUGGAGGGUGGAAGCAAAUUAUUGAGACGACCCAUUCAAGAGUAUCUUUUUAUAGUCCUCGAAUUGCGUCGACUAGAUACCCUUCAAAAUCGUGCUCCACAUCUUAUGCCUUGACCCCUUUGGUCGGUGCGUUCAAGGCCACCAGCCACAAGCCCCGAGCAGUCCCCCUUCCCCCUCCCCCUUCUCCUCCUACGCCAUCAAACGCAAUUGUGUAGAGGAGAAAAGAGCAACUAAAUGUUAGCCCUCCAAUCCCAAUCGAAACACUCUUUUACCACCCCCUCUCCUUCAAGUUAAUGUGAUGAUGAGAGUCUUCCCCCUUUCGUCAUCUUGUUGCGUGCAUUUGCUCGGUCAUCAAAAGCCGAUUCAGCACCAUUUGAUGGGAUCCGUUUCUGUCCUUUCCAAAUCUCUUCCUCCGCAAUAAUUAUAUCGAUACUAGCAAAGUCCAUUUCAGACGCAUCUCUUCCCCAACCCAACUGAUUCGGCUCAAACGAUAUAUAUGUAUAUCCAUUCAGUUAAAAAAUCUGUGUUUUUGUGAAUAGUCAGCGACGAGAGUCUGUGAAGUCGCUCGAACAAUCCUCGUUUUUCCACUAAAGAAACUUCUACAACCACAUCCACAACAACUCUACCACCCACUUUCUCAUCAAUAGCAAACCCAUCCGACAAGUAGUGAUGUCUUUUCAAGGAGUCGCUCUCUUCGAACGAUUCGGUUUCAUUCGACAUGGAAAACGAGCUAAGUAUGUAAUCAGACGAAGAACCUAAAAAUAAGCAGACGAAACAACAGAGCAAUUCCCCAAGUUGUGGGCGGAGUGUCUUUGUGAGGGUCUCUCGUGACCUAAACUUGAUUCGCAAAAUAUUUUAUCGUGUACCUAAGGUAGUAUUCGCAAGAAUGGCUGGCCGAAUGGUGUGUUGUCUUUCAUUAUAACAUUUCGCAAAAUAAAUCCAUACAAGUUAUUACUUCAUA